CUGCUGCUUCCGCCGCCACUACGGGAAAUAGAGGAAGAGGCGACAUUAACCCGAAAGAAAAAAUAAUCCGAGCCCAAUGCCGCGGGGCCGCGUUCUUAAAUCCCAGGUUGGGGAUGCGCCACAAAGAGAAGAUGUUAUCUCAUCAAAUGCUGAGAAUAAUAGUUAUGUUUGUCAUGGGACAACAUACAAGUGUGAUAUCUGCCUGUUAACCUUUCCUAAGGAGACACAGUACCAGAGACACAUGCGUGACCAUGAAAGAAAUGAUAAGCCUUAUCGAUGUGACCAGUGCCCAAUGUCCUUUAAUAUUGAAUUCAACCUGACACUUCACAAAUCCACACAUAAUGUGAAUGAUGCCACAUGUCCAGCAUGCAACAAGAAGUUUUCCCGUGUGGCCAGCCUCAAAUCCCAUAUUAUGCUUCAUGAAAAAGAGGAGAUUCUCAUCUGUUCAGAAUGUGGAGAUGAGUUUACACUACAGAGUCACCUGUCCCUACAUAUGGAGGAACAUAGGCAGGAGUUGGUUGGAAGUAAGACUUACAAUUGCAGGUCAUGCAAAAAAAAAUUUGACACUACGCUGCAGCUCAAAGAUCACAUGAAAACACACUUCAAAAUCAGAGUUGCCAGUACUAGAUCUUACAACCGAAACAUUGAUCGUAGUGGCUUUUCAUACUCCUGUCCACACUGUGGCAAAACAUUCCAAAAGCCAAGCCAAUUAACUCGCCAUAUUAGGAUUCACACAGGAGAAAGACCCUUCAAAUGCACUCUAUGUGGAAAGGCUUUUAACCAGAAGGGGGCACUGGCAACACACAUGGUGAAGCAUACAGGUGAAAAGCCCCAUGCUUGUUCCUUUUGUCCAGCAGCCUUUUCCCAGAAAGGCAAUCUGCAAUCCCACAUACAGAGGGUUCACUCCGAGGUGAAGAAUGGUGUUACCUAUCAUUGUACGGAUUGUAGUUGCAUUUUUAAAAGCCUUGGAAGCCUUAAUACACAUAUCAGCAAAAUGCAUGUGGUGGGAUCCCAAGGUACAUCAGCUUUAACAGGAGGAACAUCUCAUAUGACUACGGACAACUCUCAGACACCACCCGUUUCUGAUGGAAAUCUCGAGCAGCAGACAUCUGACGACAAAUGGAAAAAUGCAGUAGUUUUCCGAUCUGUAACAGCGCAGACAGACUCUGCAGGCUCUACAGCUUCCGGGCAACACGGACAGCAGCCAGCUGUGACAGAUGUUAUCCAGCAGCUUCUAGAGCUGUCUGAGCCAGUGUCUGUAGAAAAUCAUCACAACCAGCCAUCAGGCCAACCACUUAAUAUUGCUGUGGGGAUUAACAGAGAUAUUUUACAGCAAGCGCUGGAAAACAGUGGCCUGUCAUCAAUCCCUGUUGCAGCACUUCCCAAUGAUCCUAGUCAGGCCAAGGUAACUGUUACAGGAAUUGAAUGCCUCUCAAGUCAGCAAAUGGACAAUAAUGAGCAAGGACAUGGGCUAGAACAUGAAGAUCAUGAUAAAGGGGACAAGACUGAGAAGAGGAUAAUAAAGAAGAAGUCUACUUUUGCUGCAGGUUCUGUCCGCGAGGAGAGUGGUGUUAGGUGGCACAUUUGUACAUAUUGUACAAAGGAGUUUAAGAAGCCUAGCGACUUGGUCCGACACAUUCGAAUUCAUACUCAUGAGAAGCCUUUCAAGUGUCUGCAGUGCUUUAGGGCAUUUGCAGUGAAGAGCACCCUCACUGCACACAUAAAGACUCAUACCGGCAUUAAGGCUUUUAAGUGUGAUUUCUGCAUGAAGUGCUUUUCUACAUCUGGAAGUUUAAAAGUUCAUAUUCGUUUACACACUGGUGUAAGACCAUUUGCUUGUAUUCAUUGCGACAAAAAGUUUCGGACUUCUGGACACAGAAAGACUCACAUCGCAUCACAUUUUAAACAAUGUGUUUUGAGGAAAUUAAGGCAGCAGCGUAAGCCUGGUAAUGUUCGAGCUGGGAAGACAAAUCUUCCAGUGUCAGAAAUCCCUCUACAAGAACCUAUACUCAUUACAGAUCUUGGUCUCAUUCAACCCAUUCCUCGUAAUAGUCAGUUUUUCCAAAGCUAUUUCAUUAACAGCUACACUCAUGAAGUUGACAGACCGUACAAGUGUUAUUAUUGCCACCGAGCGUACAAGAAAUCCUGCCACCUCAAACAACAUAUCAGGUCCCAUACUGGUGAAAAGCCAUUUAAAUGUACACAGUGUGGAAGAGGCUUUGCAUCAUCUGGUGUGCUUAAAGCUCAUAUUAGGACACAUACUGGAUUGAGAGCCUAUAAAUGUGUAAUAUGCAAUGGAGCUUUUACAACUGGCGGAAGUCUUCGGCGCCACAUGGGUAUCCAUAAUGAUUUACGGCCCUAUAUGUGCCCUUAUUGUCAGAAGACAUUUAAAACCUCAUUGAAUUGCAAAAAGCACAUGAAGACUCACAGGUAUGAAGUUGCUCACCAGCUCCAGCAACAUCAGCCUGCACCAUCAGAAGAAACCCCUCUAGAUCAGAUCCAUGUAGCAAAUCAAAUCCAGGUGGAAAUCCAGGGGGAUGCGCUUCAGACAGACAGUGUUGCCACACAACAAGAAGCUAUGUUACAGCUAAGUCCUCAACCAGUUCUGGACACAGUUUCGCCUACAUUAGGCCAGGCACUGACUGAUCAACCUCUGGAGACUGAUGAAGAUAGGUAUGUCACUUCCCAACAUGCUUUGCAAGAGAAUAUCACACAGUAUGAACCCCAAGCUUUGCAACCUCAAUCUUUUGACCAGCAGGGACUCCCACAAGGUUUCACAGUAGCUGAUGGGUUUAAUCAGCAAUCCCAGUUCUCUGCAGUACAACAGUUACAAGACUCCAGCACCUUAGAGUCUCAAGCACUCUCAACCAGUUAUCAGCAGCCAUCUCUUCUGGAGGUUCCUACCACAGAAACCAUCAAUGUAGAAAUUGGUUACGAACAAACUGAAGAACGUGGGAACUUAGUGGCCACACUCAAGCAUGCAACAACAACAGAGAGCUACAUGACUGCCCGCUUAAUCCAAGAAGAGCCUCAUGAAGAACUUGAACUACAGGACCAGCAUGCCCCUUUCUUAGAAGCAACAGAGGAUCAAAGCAGGCGUGCAUACAGGUGUGAAUAUUGCAAUAAAGGUUUCAAGAAAUCCAGCCACUUGAAGCAACACGUUCGUUCUCACACCGGGGAGAAACCCUAUAAAUGUACAAUGUGUGGCCGUGGCUUUGUUUCAUCAGGGGUACUCAAGUCACACGAGAAGACACACACAGGGGUUAAGGCAUACAGUUGUACUAUAUGUAGUGCAGCAUUCACUACUAAUGGGAGUCUAACAAGGCAUAUGACAACGCAUAUAAGCAUGAAACCUUACAAAUGUCCAUUUUGUGAGGAAACCUUCAGGACCACAGUACACUGUAAAAAGCACAUGAAGAAACAUCAGGCUAUCCCUCCAGCUCUCGUUUCUGAUAGCGAAGGAACAGCUCGAGAAGACGGAGAUGGCUGUCUUGAAGAAGAGGAUGAAAACACUGACAGAUCGGUUUCAAGAAAGUCCCGUCAUGGAGUCAUUACUUUCACGGAAGAGGAAACUGCAGAGCUUGCAAGAAUUCGACCUCGAGAAGGAGCCACUAUCUCUGAAAAAGUUCUGGUGCAGUCUGCUGCGGAAAAAGACCGCAUAAGUGAGAUCAAGGAUAAACAAGCAGAGAUGGAAACUGAGCCUAAAUUUGCCAACUGUUGUACUUAUUGCCCCAAAAGCUUUAAAAAACCAAGUGACUUAAUCAGGCACAUUCGUAUUCAUACUGGAGAGAAACCUUAUAAAUGUGAUGAAUGUGGCAAGAGUUUUACUGUUAAAUCAACAUUGGACUCUCACGUGAAAACACAUGCAGGUCAGAAACUCUUUAGUUGUCACGUGUGCGCCAAUUCUUUCUCAACCAAAGGGAGUCUCAAAGUGCAUAUGCGGCUGCAUACCGGAGCCAAGCCAUUCAAGUGUCCACAUUGUGACAUGCGUUUUCGCACCUCUGGACGCAGGAAAACUCACAUACAAUGUCAUUACAAAGCAGAUUCAAAGAAGAUGCGUAAACCAAUUUUACGCAGACAUAUUUCACAAACUGUGGUACCGGUUUCCAGUACCACAACCACUGCUGCUGAAUCUCUUCAACCAAUAAGCCUUCUUAACACUUCUACAGCAGAUCCAAGUGUUUUUAUCACCAACAGCUCUGUUCUUUCUAGUCACUUUGAUCAAAACUUGCUCCAGCAAGGACUGGUUGGACAAGCCAUUCUUCCAGCCUCUGUAUCAGCUGGUGGGGAUUUAACUGUCUCCUUGUCAGAUGGUAGCUUAGCCACACUGGAAGGAAUCCAGUUGCAGCUUGCAGCUAACCUAGUCGGACAAAAUGUCCAGAUUUCUGGAAUAGAUGCCACAAGCAUAAACAACAUAACACUACAGAUUGACCCCAGCCUUUUGCAUCAGACUUUGCAGCAUGGCAGCCUUCUUCCUCAGCAGCUUCCUGUGGACAACUGCUCAACACAGACAUCUAACAGCCUGCCGACAAGUGAUAGUGCUGUUGCAGCCAAUGUGGUCAUCCAGCCCAUUGCGAGCUUAUCUUUACAGCCUACUGCAACUUCGUCUUCCAAUCUGACAAUUGGAUCUAUAUCUGAGCAAGACUCUGUGCUUACAUCUAGCAAUUCAUCUGGCCAGGAACUUUCUCAGGUGAUGGCAUCUCAAGGACUGGUAUCUUCCACUAAUAGACAACAUGAGAUCACACUGACCAUUAAUAAUUCUAGUCUAAGCCAUGUUUUGGCCCAUGCUACUGGUACCACACCCACUACUUCUACUGGAUCACCACAGGAGAUCACACUCACAAUAUCUGGUCAGGAUAUAGUGCAACUUGGCUCUUCUGGAAGCAGUGAACUGAAUGGCAGCCUGAGACUGAACACACCUGGAAUCACCAGCCAGCCCACUGAGACGGCACUGUCAUUAAGCAACGAUCACAUUUUAUCACAGACCACUACAUUAACUACUACCUCAGAGUUGACUACAUCUGCCAAUAGCCUUCCUUGUACAACCUCAAUAGCACAAGCCCCUGUAUCUACGCAGAAUUUAGUUAUGUCCUCUGGAGUAGGAGGAGAUGGGAGCGUUACACUGACUCUGGCUGACACACAGAGCAUGCUUUCUGGAGGGCUUGAUGCAGUGACACUUAACAUCACUUCACAGAAUCAGCAAUUUCCUGGUAUCCUUUCCGACAGCAGUCUUUCCGGAGAAAAUGGCACGGGUUCUCCACAAGUCAUUCUGGUGAGCCAUGCAGCUCAGUCCAGCAGUAAUGGCAGCGAACUCGGCUAUCAGGUUACCGACGAAGCUCAUAUUGAUAAAAGCAAUCAAGCCGAGAAAGAAGGCAGAAUACAUCAAUGCUUUGAAUGCAAUCAUUACUUUCCGUCAGCCUCUGUAUUAGCAGAGCACAACAAGGAGACUCAUGGGAAAGAGAGAAUCCAUGUCUGCCACCUGUGCAAUAAAGCAUUCAAAAGAGCAUCUCACUUAAAGGAGCACAUGCAGACACACGAGCCUGGACCAUCCCGCAGUUCUCAAAUGCCAAAAUUAUUUAAAUGUGACACAUGCGAUAAGGCUUUUGCCAAACCAAGUCAGCUGGAAAGACACAGUCGUAUUCAUACAGGAGAGCGUCCAUUUCAGUGCACACUGUGUGAGAAGGCUUUCAACCAGAAGAGUGCACUGCAGGUGCAUAUGAAGAAGCACACAGGAGAGAAACCUUAUAAAUGUGAUUACUGCUCAAUGUCCUUUUCACAGAAAUGCAAUAUGAAGCUUCACAUGAAGCGAACUCAUGCCUACGCUGAUCUUAUAGAAGAAGUUCCUUUGCACCCAGGUGAAGAUGAAGGUGGAGAGGACAUUGGCCAAGGACUUGAUUUGGAAGAAGUUGUUCAGGAAUCCUCAAGUGACUGGCAGUGUGGAAUUACAAAUGUUUUCCGAUAAUUUCUUGUUUAUAAGAAUAUUGAGAAUAAGAGCAUAUGAACACUUUAAAGAUUUUCUAGCACCAAUGUUAUUUAAAAAAAAUUUCCAGCUCUUACUAUUGGAUUCAACUAUUGUGUUAUCAACUGCAGCCCACCAUAAUUUAUUUUUGUGCUAGAGAAUUUUAUUGAAUUCUCACUCAAAUAGUACUACAUGUUAAUCUACUCAGGAACCACUGACAAAAUUUGUUACCAUACAACUAGAAACCUAUUGCAACUUUGGAAAUAUGGGCGGCACAUGGUUCCAAUUGUAUGUAGCAUGUUAUUUUAUGUACUAUAAUAUAAAAAAAGUUUAUUACAUUUGAAAUAUUUUAAGUAAUUUCAGAGAUAAUUGUAGGCGGGACCCACUAUCUAUGUUAAAUUGAAUUUUUCCCCCAUCAUUUUUGGGAGGGUUGCUUCCUAGAGCUUAAUAUAUGCUCUCAGUAUUUUGGUAACAUAAUUAUUGGCAUAACAGAGACCUACAUUGAGUUAUAUAUUAACGUUCAUAGAUGUCCUAGUGAGACCAAGAUAUAUCUCAAAGGUUUGUAACAAUUUUGUGGUUUUCAUGGCAUUUUAAUCUAUGGCUAAUUUGGCAAUUUUCAGGAACUAAACCCACCAGGGUCCCAUGCAGCCAAGGCAUUCUGAUGCUACUGAUUUUUCCAAAUUGAGCCCUUUUGUGCAAUAUCAUUCAAAAACCAGAGGGGGCUUUACAUGGUUACGCGUUAAGAAACUUAAAGAAUUUGUAUAUUUUGGGAUUUAUCACUCAGUGGACUCAAGUGAUCCGAAAACAGGGAAUAAAUUAGUUUCUCCUCCAUUUCUCCCCAAAAUAUUUGCUCAAAGCACACAAAUGAACGGCUAUCCUGACAGAUGACCACAACACAGCUUGCAAGUGCAAGUCCUUGUAGUACAAUAAAUUUCUGUUCAGUUACAAUUAUGUGCAUCCAUCACAUGAGCUAUUUGUUUAAAAGCUAGGAACAGCUCUGUAAAACAUAGUUUAUUUUUUUACAUGCUGUAGUGACAUUCUGGUGUGGGUUAAAGAAUGACUUUAUAUUCACUACUGUAAUGAGCAAAAACAAAAUGGUCCACAUCUGUAUCAUAAACUACUUAACUACUUUUUUACUGUGUUUAAUGAGAAAGAAUGUAAACUCCAGUAAAUUAAACUAUAAACACAACCACAGAAAAUAAUGCCCUGUUACCUGAAAACACUGUUAAGAUUUAUUUAAGUAUUAUAGUAAGGGUGACUUUAUUUCCCAUUUACUGUGGAUGCUUAACAAAACUGUGUACUGUAGCUUGUCAUUACAAUUAUUACUAGUCCGCCAAAUGCAUCAUUUAAAGAGUCUCUAAAGGGACUAUAUGGUCAUCCUAAUUAUAGGUUGAAAAUCAAGAAGUUAAUGUUACUUAGGUUGUAGAGAAGUGGCUGGGCCAUCUUCACAGGUUAAUUUAGUAAAAUUAGAAGUUCAUAUAUUUCUCUAUAGAUGUUUGAGACAUCGUACAAUUCUAUAAUUUUAAUAAAAUUAGUAUUUUUCAUUGAACAUUUCUGUUUCUGCUUCAGUGAUAAUAUUAUAGGUUUUUUUCAUUUGUUGUGUUUAUUGAUUUCCUGUCCUAUUCCUUUACAGUUCCAUAACUCAAAGCAGAUCGUUAAUCAAUACAUAUUGUUUACAAAAUGUGAUUCCAUGUUUUUUUCACAAUACAAACCAGCACCAUUUGCAAAUUAUUACAGCAUUUUUAAAGGGAAAUUUUCAUUAAAA